GUUAUUUCUCUUACUAGGGGGAAUAAUCUCUUAAGAUUUUAAUUUUAUUUUAUUUAAAAAAAUUGCAAAAUUUUGUUUAUUUAUUUUACAAAUAGUGAAAGUGGUGGGGUAGGGCUGGCCUUAAUUAAAGGCCUAAUCAACUUUCUUGGGCCUUAACAGGUUGGCCCAUUAACAUUAACAAACUCGUCUUCCUCUUACCCAUUUCCUCGCUCUUCACUGCCGGCUCUCUACUCUGUAGGGUUUAGCAAAAACCAGCUCUUCAACGGAAAAAAAAAGAAAGAAAAAAGAAUGGCGACUAAAUCCGUAAUUAGAACCGGAGCUUUGCUGAUGAACCGGCUGAUAGCGAAUCCAGUUCUCAAUCCGAAUCCGAUUUCUAACCACCGAGUCGCCAAUCAAGGCUUUCAAAUCACUCCUCAGCUGUUCCCGUCUCUCUCGAAGCCGAAACCUGCUCUCCAUUUGCCCCCAAACGACGCCGAUUCCCUCUCUAAAGUCUCCUCUCUCGGGUUUCUCUAUCCCACUGGCCUUCCUUCUCUCCGCUUCUUCCUGCCCGACGGAGAUUCAUCUAGUGAGCCAGUGCUCUUAUUCCCCAAAAGAACAUAUCAACCUAGUACCAUCAAGCGCAAGAGGAAUCAUGGAUAUUUUGCUCGAAUUUCUUGCCAAAUCUUAGUAGUCAUCUGGAGCAAACUUUUCUUGCUGUACUAUGAGAAGUGGUAGCAGAUGCUGUGUUCGAUUGCUGCCAUAUCAGCUAGAACCAAGGCUGCUGUCGAUUGGGUAAAUCUUUUCCCAAGUUUGCAAGUUAGUGUAUAAAGUUCGUAGGCCUUAGCAUCAAUCAAUUCCUUUGCCUUUUAACACUUCUCCAGUUCGUAUGAAUGGAAGCACUGAUAGUAAUUGCUCUUGGAGAAGGUCUCCAGGUGGUAGUACUGUUGCGGAGUUGAAGGCCCCUUUAGGCAUACAAUGGAGUUAUCUGGGUUUCAUUGUCAGAUGCAAGUCAAGCAAAGCGAAAUCUGUCUGGUCUGUUGCUUCCGCUUUCUAAUUUUAACUGCUAAGAGCCAUUAACAUUAGGCUGCAGUUAAAGCCUUAAAGGCCUUAUCUUUUGGGACCCAACCGGCUGCGUUCGAUUUCCAGUUUACUACCUGUGUCAAGCAUUGAUGACGUGCCGUAUCACUAGCGAAGUUGGCCUGCUCUUGCUUUGUCCUCAUUCUUUUAACCUACUUGAUUGAUAAUUAUCUUCAAAAAUACAAAAAUAAUAAUAAUAAAAAAAGACUAGUAAUUGAUUUAGCUUCUAUUUU